CAGCGUAGCACUGUCUUGUUUGACGGUCUGCUGAUUCAAAUCGCGAUGGUGCCCGACGGAAGCAUCAGCGGCUGGAUGUUGGAACAUCUCCCACCGUCAUGCCAUGGGGCAGACUCCAAAAGUCCGGCUCCAAAGACAGCGAGAGAGCUGCUGUCAGUGGUCACUGCAGUUGCGCUAUUUUCCCCCGGCUGAAGCGCUGCGAGGCGGACGGGUCAAGGCUUCAACCAAUGUACAGUGUAAGCUGAUGUCGCUGACGACGCCAGGGCUGUUUUCUCCGUGUAUUCCGGAGGUUGCGUCCACUUUUCCUGCCCCUGCUGUCUCCUCCCGGGACCUCUGCCCAGCGCUACCAUGCCCGGAGUUGAUGUCAUUUCCCACCACACCUCCGCCUUGGUGUCGCUCUUCUGCCCCGUAUUGUCUUGGGGAGAUGCACGUUGGUCUGGCGCUUCUGCUCCCUUGUCUCUUCUGUCUCCCGGGUCUCGCAAACGGCCGUGGGCGCCUAGGUGUGGUAUCCGUAUACAUACCACGGGAUCUACACGAUUAUAUCCAGCCUCCUGGAAACGCCGUCAUCUUUGUCUUGCGGGCAUCAGAACAACAGUUGGAAAGAAUGGAUCAACCGGGUCACUUGGUGGAACGGGAGCCGAGGGAAGCGCAAAGACUCCGGAAGACAACCGACGGUCCGCCGCGGUCAGAUCUACUGGGCUGAUUACCAAAGCUGGUGAAUCAAACCAGCCGAAACAAUAGCAUUUCUCUUUCUCUCACACGGCCGGCGAUCCGUGCACCGACCAGGGUGGGUGGCGUUUUGGCCUUGCGGCCUUACGGCAUAUUGGGAAAGUGGAGUCUUCUUCCGGAAUCACUUCCGCCGGUUUCCGGACCACCGGCGCUGGCGAGAUCCACUCGGUGAAGCUUAG